UGUCGAGGCCGCAUGCUAACUACGUCCUCCGCAUGUGUUCUGGAUCGCUGUAUAUAGGACGUCAAGUGGGAUGUACCCAAGGAAGGCGGCGGUGUGAAUGACUAUAUGGAGAUCAUAAUUAAGGACACGGUCACGCUACACAAGGUGCUCUCGCGGUAUCUGUCGAGUUCCGUGGUGGAGUUCGUGAUGACCCAAGUGUUCGCGGGCAUCAAUCAUCGGCUCUCGGAGGAGUAUACCAAGAUUGAGCUGCCGUCCCAAGAGGCGAAGGAGAGGUUGCUCGCGGACGCGCGGUAUCUUCAUCAGAAGCUCACAGGGUUGAAGAACGUGGGCGCACCCACCGCCAUGCUGGAGAUUAUCGUGCAAGAGAAGCCUGUGAGGAUUCUCUCACCCGCUGUCCGCGAGGCAGCCGCGCCACAACCCACACAGGCGACACAGGCAACCCAGCGGAUUAAGGGCAUUCUCCAACGGACGAACAGCAAGCGGACGUCCCUUCUUUCGCCAGUUCCCGCGCCCAUACCCGUACCUCUCCCAGAGAAGCCGCUACCGACGCCGACACCCCCGCCUAGCGCGCCGACACUAGACCCAGAUGCUAGGGCUCUAUCAGUAGCGCCGACCCCCGCGUCACGAUCGGAGGAUGCGCUCGCGAUGACACAGUCUCCAUCUGCCUCCCAGGUGGACUUAGCCGCGCCGAAUGGAAAUACCAAUGGCGCGAACGUGCCGUUGUCGGAUGCUGAAGAGCCUCCGCCAGAGGCGCCACCAAAACCGUUGUCACCCGCUGCAGUGCCCCUACCUCCGUCAUCACCCAUGCCCACGCCUACCCUCGUCAUCGACAAACCGCAGCCGGAGGUGCCAAUGCAGAACGGCAAUGGCGUAAAUGGCGAUGCUGUGAACGGGCAUGCUACAGCUGAGAUGGAAGAGCCUCCUGCUGUGUAACGUUGCGGUGGAUGUGUUGGGGUGGACAUAGGAUGACUUCGCUACUAUUGCCCGCACUUUACUUACUAUACCUAUCCUCUGGACGGAUACGAUAACUUUCUUCGUUCGCGCAUAUACUUGAGUGUGCCAGUGGCACCAGUGAGUUCGUGUAAGAAACAUAUCAUGCAAGCCCAACAUCAUGUCGC